AAGGCAGAAUAAUCGUAUUUAGAAACAUGCCAGUUUGUCAGGAAUGUGAAGGGACAGAUUUUGAUGAAAGAGAUGGGUUGUACUUUUGUCAGAUUUGUAUGACACAAUCACAAGACUUAAGACGAGAGGAGGAAGGAGAAGACGGAGGAACCUUUUAUAAUGUAUCGUCAGUAAUUAAUAAGAAAUCAGAAAGAAAGAAAAAAGUUGAAAAUAAAGGAAGACCUUGGCACAGCUUUGAAGCAUUUACAAUUAUUAUAAGGGAACAAGUUAAAGCACUGAUCAAGUUAGGUGCUUCAGCAAAACUUAAGGAUGUUGUAUUACAACUAUGGAGUAACUACUUAUCAAAGACUGGAACAGCUUUUCCUGAGGAUGAAAACAAAAUGGAUGUCUUCAUGAGAAAGCAUAUGAGACAAAGAGAAAGAUAUCCAGGCUCAGUAGAGUGUCCAGAUAUACAACCAGUACAAUUUAGGAAGACUUGGAAGAAGAAAUAUGGUGUUUCUAAAAAGAUAGCUGAAAAAGAUCUUGAGAAUAAAAAAUUAAUGACUGCUUUACAAAAUGAGGAGUUUUAUGAAGGAGACAACCCUGCAGAGCAAGCAGCAGAAGAGGAACCAGAUUACAGCUCAGAUGAGGAUGAGGAGAGCACUGAUCCUAAUCAGAUAAGAUACAUGAGAAGAAGUGUAGAGUUUAUGACCAUGUUAAAGACAUUAUGCUUUUGUUAUAUUGGAACAUUGUAUACAGACCAUCUCGUCACAAUAUCUGACAUUAUAAGAUGGGCAGACCAAAAUGAAAUACCUUAUUACAAAGCAACAUCAUUAUUACCAACAGAUAUUAAGUUUUGUGCAAAGGAUGGGCCUACAUUCUCUGCAACUGUUUUAAAGUAUGAAAACCUGGAAUUUGAAACUGAGAAGUUGAUACAGUACUUGAAUUUGACUGAUGUUCCUGAUGUGUCACUCCAACUUCUGACGUCUAAGUACAUUGUUAUGUUAGAUUUACCUGGUGAACUACAUGGAUUUGUGAUAAACUUGAUACAGCCAGAGCUAAGACAAGAAGAUGAUAGGAGAUAUAAUGACAUGUUGGCCAUGGGUUAUAUUGUUACAACACUACAGCUAUUGUUAGGGUUAGAUGAUUCAACAGAAAGGGAGUUGUCAGAUAUUGCAGUAGAGCUGAAUAACAUUUUCCAUAAUAAAUACAAUAUGUUUGUAUGGUCUGACUGGACAUCACACAUCUCUAAGAAGAUAAAAGCAGCCAGAACAAAUAUUUCUGAUGAAUCAAGAAAUAUAAAAGACACAAAGAAAUUCAUUGAAGAUUUCAUUUUGUUUGAUAAAGACAAGAAAUACAAUGCAGCACAUUAUAAAAGAGAUAGAACAAUAAGACCAGAGACACAAGAUGCCUUGUUACGGCCUUUAGAAACAUUGUACAAAUCCUUACAAUCAACCUCUGGGACAGUCACAGCUGACCCUGAGUCAGAUAAUGAGGAGUAUAAUCCAAACUUAGAGUCUACUCUAGCUGACUUCUUUUUGGACCCAGAUAAAGAGCUAACAGAACAGACAAAGGAGAAAUCUUCAGAUUUUAAUUUUAAAUCAUCAACAUUAAAGUUUAUAACCCAACCUUUUAGUUUUCAAGAUGAUCUUGAUAAACUGAAUCUUUCAAGGCUUUCAAUGCAUUCUUUGUCAACCGAUGAUUCUGAUCAGGAGCUGGAGAGAUCAGAUAUAGACAUGUUUGAGACACCAAAGAAAAGGAGAAAGAAGAUGGCAAGAAGUCCAAAUAGAGAUAUGGAUGAACAUGAAAGUGAAAAGUUGAUGCAUUUGAUUCAUAGACUAGGUGAAAUUCAGGAAUCUAACAUUAAAGUUGACCGUAAAAAGAAAUAUCAUGAACUUGUAUAUCAAGCAAAAGCAUAUCAAUGGUUGAUUAAAACCUGUUCAGAUAUGAUGGCAUGCUCUACAGAUAUUCUCAACAAAAAAGUAAUAGAAGUGCAAAAUAUUUUAUUCAGGCAUUGGGAUAGAUCUCAGUGGCGGAGGAAAAAAAGACUGAUUACUUUAUUAAAAAAAUGAUUGUGCAA